UGGCUUUCCGGCGAGGGAUGGAGAAACGUAAGCCGGCCGGACUGCUGCCUCUGCGGUGGUGCCACCUCCGCACGGAGCCCCCGGACCUGCCGGGGACCCCGCCCCGCCUCCCCUCGGGGGAGCCCUUCAGGGACGCCGCGUGCCGGCAGCGGGCGCCCCGGGACUGCGCCUUCGGGCCCGCCUUCCUCCGCAGGCGCAACGAGCGCGAGCGGCAGCGGGUGCGCUGCGUCAACGAGGGGUACGCGCGCCUGCGCGACCACCUGCCCCGCGAGCUGGCCGAGCGGCGGCUCAGCAAGGUGCAGACGCUCCGCGCCGCCAUCGGCUACAUCCGGCAUCUGCAGCAGCUGCUGGAGCGCCACGCCCGCGGGCAGGGGGGCCCCGCCGGCCCCCGCCCCCCGCGCGCCGCCGAGUGCAACAGCGACGGCGAGUCCGAGGCCUCGUCCGCGCCUUCGCCCUGCAGCGAGCCCGACGAGGCGGGCCGCUAG